AUGGGCCGUAUUGAUGACGUGAUCAAUGUAAGCGGCCAUCGGCUGAGCACCGGCGAAAUGGAAGGCAUUGUAGCCGCAAAUCAGGCAGUAGCCGAAUGUGCUGUUGUAGGUAUUGCCGACGAGUUGCGCGGGCAACGACCCAUUGCCCUGGUGGUCUUAAAAGACGGUAUGAAUAUUGACGAGGCUAUGCUGGAAACAGCCCUUGUAGCUGCAGUACGCGACCAGAUCGGGGCGAUAGCCGUAUUCAAAAACGCAGCUAUUGUAAAGCGGCUACCCAAAACCAGGAGCGGUAAAAUAUUGCGUAAAACAAUUGCUGAGAUUGCAGACGGAAAGCCCUAUAAAAUUCCUUCCACCAUUGAUGACCCGGCCAUACUGGAUGAAAUCACCGAAGCGCUACGGUUACGAAAAUUAGGAGAUGCUUUUCAAGCCAGCUGA